AUGACCAACGACGCCUCUACCAACGGCUCUGCUGCCACCCCCGCGACCACCUUCGCCCUCAAGGCUGGUCUCGCCCAGAUGCUCAAGGGCGGCGUCAUCAUGGACGUCACCAACGCCGAGCAGGCCCGCAUCGCCGAAGAAGCUGGUGCCUGCGCCGUCAUGGCCCUCGAGCGAGUCCCCGCCGAUAUCCGCAAGGACGGCGGCGUCGCCCGCAUGUCCGACCCUGCCAUGAUCAAGGAGAUCCAGGACGCCGUCACCAUCCCCGUCAUGGCCAAGGCCCGCAUCGGCCACUUCGUCGAGUGCCAGAUCCUCGAGGCCCUGGGCGUCGACUACAUUGACGAGUCCGAGGUCCUGACGCCCGCCGACGACGAGAGCCACGUCGAGAAGAGCCCCUUUGGCGUGCCCUUUGUCUGCGGCUGCCGCAACCUGGGCGAGGCCCUGCGCCGCAUCGCCGAGGGCGCUGCCAUGAUCCGGACCAAGGGCGAGGCCGGCACCGGAGACGUUGUCGAGGCCGUCCGCCACAUGAAGACUGUCAACAGGGACAUUGCUCAGGCCAAGGCUGCUCUUGCCGAGGGCGGCAUCGUUCGUCUCCGUGAGCUUGCUCGUAAGCUCGAGGUUGACGUCGAGCUGCUGCGCCAGACUGCUGAGCUGGGCCGUCUCCCCGUUGUCAACUUCGCCGCCGGUGGUGUUGCCACGCCUGCUGAUGCUGCUCUCAUGAUGCAGCUUGGCUGUGACGGUGUCUUUGUCGGCAGCGGCAUCUUCAAGUCUGGCGACCCUGCCAAGCGAGCCAAGGCCAUUGUCCGCGCCGUCACUCACUUCCGUGACCCCAAGGUCCUUGCCGAGUGCAGCACCGGACUGGGUGAGGCCAUGGUCGGCAUCAACUGCGACGCCAUGAAGCCCGAGGACAAGCUUGCCGGUCGUGGCUGGUAA